GUGGAAUGGUUGAAUUGCAUGGUAAUUUUAAUUUUUAUAAAUAAUAAUUGUGUUGUUACGUUAUGAAGAACCGUAUAAUGUUGCUUGCAAAUGUGUAAUAGUCAUAACUGUCGUGUAUGAAUUUGGUGCGAAGACUGUUGAUGGUCAAUAAUGUUAUUUUGUCCGACGUGUGCCAACGUUCUUAUGGUAGAGGAAGGUCCAGAGUCUGGACUACGGUACGCCUGUAACACUUGUCCUUAUGUGUACAACGUUAGAAGGAAGGUGUCCUCACGCACAUUCCCUAAACUUAAGGAGCUUGACUAUAUUAUGGGCGGAGCUGCCGCCUGGGAGAAUGUAGACUCGACCGAUGCUGUGUGCCCAAAGUGCGGACAUGGUAGAGCAUUCUUCAUGCAACUGCAAACUCGCUCAGCCGAUGAACCCAUGACUACAUUCUAUCGCUGUUGCAACCACAAGUGUGCGCAUAACUGGCGUGAUUAG